AAAAAAUAAUCGUGAACGAAUGGAACGAACUGUCCACCAUUUUCGUGGUUUUUCCGCGACGCUCAACUGACAGUGGAGUGCCAGUGAUUUUAGUUUUUUAAUUUUCAUCCAUUAAAGUAUACCCAAAUCAACAAAAAAUAUUACAAAAGUGUACAAUCCAAUGUUAAUUAGUGUUUAAAAGUGUUAUUGUUACGACAAAUACCAUGUAUACGAGUGUAAACGUCUAUUGAAUAGUUUUGGGUUUGGUGCACUGUAACAAAAAAAAAAAAACUUACUUUGGAGGACAAAGGUUUUGGAUUUUUCCGAAAGUUUCUCUAGUUUUUUGUGGUAGAAAAAUUCUUUUGUUUUUUACAAUAUGGAAGAUCCCAAUCGUAUGAUGGCCCAUGCUGGUGCUCUGAUGGGAUCGCAAGGCUAUGGUAUGCCGCAAGGUGACGGUUCCGGUGAAAAUGAGACGCGAAAACAAGAUAUUGGCGAAAUUUUGCAACAAAUCAUGAACAUUACCGAACAAUCGUUGGACGAAGCUCAGGCCCGAAAGCACACAUUGAAUUGUCACAGAAUGAAACAGGCAUUGUUCGCAGUGCUGUGUGAAGUGAAAGAAAAAGCUGUCCUAUCGUUGCGUAACACCCAAGAGGAAGAGCCGCCAGAUCCACAAAUUUUGCGAUUGGAUAACAUGUUGAUUGCUGAAGGCGUUGCCGGACCGGAAAAGGGUGGUGGUGCUGGAGCGGCAGCGAGUGCAGCGGCAGCGAGUCAAGGAUCUUCAUUGUCACUUGACGGCGCUGACAAUGCAAUCGAACACUCCGACUAUCGGGCCAAAUUGGCUCAAAUAAGACUUAUUUAUCAUCAGGAAUUGGAAAAGUAUGAACAGGCCUGCAAUGAAUUCACAACGCACGUUAUGAAUUUACUGCGCGAACAGAGUCGUACCAGACCGAUCACGCCGAAGGAAAUCGAACGUAUGGUUCAAAUAAUCCACAAGAAAUUCGGAACCAUUCAAAUGCAAUUGAAACAGUCCACCUGUGAAGCGGUCAUGAUAUUGCGUUCGCGUUUCCUCGAUGCCCGCAGAAAGCGUCGCAAUUUCAGCAAACAAGCGUCGGAAAUUUUAAACGAAUACUUUUACAGUCAUUUGAGCAAUCCAUAUCCGUCGGAAGAAGCGAAAGAGGAAUUAGCACGUAAAUGCGGAAUAACGGUGUCACAAGUGUCCAAUUGGUUCGGUAACAAACGCAUUCGAUAUAAGAAAAAUAUCGGCAAAGCGCAAGAAGAAGCCAAUCUGUAUGCGGCCAAAAAAGCAGCGGGUGCAUCACCAUAUUCGAUGGGUGGCCCGCCGAGUGGAACAGCGACACCGAUGAUGUCACCAGCGCCAACACAAGACUCGAUGGGCUAUUCGUUGGGCUCGGGCGGUUAUGAUCAACAGCAUGCGUACGAUGGCAGUAUGGGAUAUGAUCCGAGCAUGCAUCAAGAUUUGAGUCCUUGAGAGGAACGAUUCAAUGCGAAGUACUAGAUUGAAUUUUUCUUUUGUUUUUGUUUUUCAUAUUUUUUUUUAGUUAAUUUUGGGUUUUUUCGUUGGAAAUUUCUAUAAAUUUUUCGUCAUGAAAUGUUCGAAGUUUUGUUGUUCUCCGAAUUCUUUAGAAAAGUCUAAAGGAAACGGGUUUUACUAUCAGUUCUGUUUUGGUUGGUUGUGUGUUCCGACAAUUUUUCAUUUCUUUGAUUUUAUCGUUUCGACAAAGUGAGAAACAGAAGUAAUCUUAAAUUGUUGUUGUGUGUCGUAAAUUUUGAUACAUAUAAAUGAACAGAGUAUACCAACUUAACUAACUAAUAAUUUUAGGAUUAAGGAUAGAAAAUAAAGAAAACAAAUUAAUCAUGUUGCAAGACUACGUAAAUAUUUGCAUCAUCCUGUAUCAGUAACUCAUUGCUUUACAAGAACACUUUUUGUCCAUAGAACUCUUUUAAGUAGAAGUACCUUCCUCGACUCGAUGCCGUUCUAUAAAUUAAAGCGUCUCAUUCUCCUAGAACAACGAAUUUUGAGACUGGUGCUUCCACUAAACCGAAUGAAAUGACGAGAAAUAACCCAUAUGGGUUUCGGGUCGAGCCAUGACCUGAGAAACUGUCGAAGCUUUCGUAAUUAUGCAACUCGAGUGAAUCGGGGUAGACGAGAACGUUUCACAAACAAAUUCAUCACUCUCGUCCAUUCCUGAUGCAACCAGUGCAGUGGCAAAUCCACACAUGAAAAUGCAUGAAAUUUUCUCUCCAUCAUAAGUUGUCACGAAAUACGUCGAUUUGCCCAUAGAUUGAUUGAAAGAGGGGAUUCGCUCAGUUCUGCUGAAUAUUUUGCUGAAAUUUCAUCAGCAGACAUUUUCACCGUAAUUUGCAUAAGAGACUAAGCGAAAAAUUUUAAGAAAAUAAUUCUUUUGUUUAAAGUCGCUAAGGUGCAAAUUAUUACGGAAGAUUUAGUUAUUUCUCUCUGUUUUUCAGUCUAUUGACAUAGUUCUUGUUUCUCUUGACGUCAUUUCUUCCGUAAUUUGCAUGAGGAACUUAGCGACAAAUGUGAACAAAACAAUUCUUUUGAUAAAAUUUGUCGCUAAGUUUCUUAUGCAAAUUACGGUAGAUUUAUCGGACAGCUUUCCAAAACAUUGAAAAUAAAAAAUCCCAGAAGAUUCAACGCGAGUACACUUCGGGAAAGGUCAUUCUUAAAUGCUGAACAUUUUAGCUUCUCUUAUCAACGUAUAAUAUAAAACAUGAUUGACUGAUUGGCUUAUUGUUGCUGCAUUGCUCUGAACUAAUAUGAAAUGUAAAAAAAAACAACUUUAGAGGCAGAGAAAAAUGAGAAGUCACAAAUUGUGACUCAUAAUUGCAAUCUAAUUUACUUUAUUCAUUCUACAUGCAUUACCAAUGUUAAGAUAUUUACGUAAAUGGUGUAAUCGCACGUGGAAUGAAUAAAAUCCAUUGGAUCGUUGACAAUGUGACUUCUUUAUUUUCUAAGAAUUGAAAUUUGAAAUGAAAAACCAAAAUUAAUUAUUUGAAGUAUACGAAUCCGUAUACAAAAACAGAAAAGAAAAUACAAAAUUAAAAAUCUAAAUGGUUGACACACAAUGUAUACUAAAUAACAUCAUAAACCUACGCAUGAAAUCAUUUUCUUCAAUUUCCAUAUCUUUUUCUUGGUCAAUUUUUUAUCGCCAAUGUUGAUGGAUGGGUAGACGAUAAAGUAAAUUUCACAUGUUGCUUAUUUGAAUGCAGAGAAGGUCGAUUAACUACACUACACCUUACAGUAUCUAAAGGUCAAGUGAAUUCUAUUAUUAAAUUAAAUUUUCGCACCAAAUACUUUGUAUUGUGGCAUGUAGGUUGAAGUAUGUCAAUUACAAUAUCAAAAUUCGCGAGUAUAGUUUUCAGAAAUUUUCCGUCUUGUCCAUUCAUAGCCGAAUCCUCUACAGAGAUUGAGAUUUGCAAAAACAAUUUCGAGAAAAUGUUGUUGAUAGUCUCGAAAAUUCAUUUUACCACGACAGUCAUCGAGAUGUAGGCAGGAAUUUGUUUCAGCUGGUCCACUUAUACAAACAAAACUGCUUACAAUUAUUUAUACGAGUGGUUGGGGCAUGAGGACGUAUGCGAGGGAGAACCACUCCCUUGUGAUUAACAUGGUUAAAAUCAGUUAAUCAGCAACAUGAUAAGUGUGAAUACGCAAGCCUUUUCAGUGAUUAACCAUCAUAUUUCCCGACUAAUUGUAGUUUUGUCACGAUUAAUCACAUCAAUAAAAAAGGGUGGUUUCCCCCUGAACGUAUAAGCGGUUUAGUUCUUUUGAGGGGACCAGCUGAAAAUCAGCUGAGGCAAAUUCGUUUCUAAAUUUUAAUGACGUCCACUAUAAUUUGUCGAAAAUAUCGACAGUCCGACAACCAGAACUGUAAUAGUAUUUUACAUGACUAGGGAUGAAAAGAUGAAAAGUAGAGUUUUCGUGUGAAUUUUGUUGAUCCUAGGCGAAGCCGAGGUCAAUAAACACACGAAAACGAGAUUUUUCACGUUUAUACGGUUAGUUAUGUCAUGGAUUUUACAUGCUGAAAUGUCGAAAGACGUGCUUCAAACAUGAAAAGUACGGUUUUCGACGCAUGUAGCAUGUAAAUGGUAUUGGAUGUCUAGAAAUGGUAGAAUAAGCUAAAGUUUUUUUUGAAAUAUCAGUGGUUGGAUUCUUCCACUCCUAUGUAUGCAUACACAAUACACAAUUAUGAAGAAAAGGUUUGAUUACCAUGUUGAAAAUGGUCACUUACAUGACAUACAGUUUUGGUGUCGAGUUUGUUGGUGCGAGGCGACGCCGAGGUCAAUAAACACUCUAAAACGUGUUUUUUCAUUUUCAUCUCGAGUUCUGUAAUGCAUUUUAAAUGGCAGUAAUACUACAACACAUUCAAUAUGUAAAUAGCAUGUACACAAGAAGACCCAUUCCUAAUUACUUUUUUGGUCAUAAAGAGAGAGAAUAUGAAUUGAAAUGAAUCGGACAUGGUUUAUGAUGAACAUGAAAACUUUGAAGCAAAAUCUGUACAAUACAAAAAUAUCAAAAUAAAAAAAGAAAAUUGGAAAUUCAUAAAAAUGCUUCACAAUUUUGAAUUUGUUUGAAUUUGAAGGUGAAUGCUUCGGUGACAAAUAAAUUGGAUACAAAAGCAAGCGA